AUGGUACGCUUCAAGGUUCAAAGUGAACUUAAUGAGGAAGACAAUCAUGGCGUAUCAGAAAAUUUAAGGUGGCUAGCAGCUGGUCCAAACAUGGCAGUGCCAUUAUAUAGGAGCUAUCUCAUUAAAGUGGAGUUUAUUUACGCACAUACUAUGCAAGUUGCUAGUGCCAAGGAUAAAAACCCAAUUCUCUCAAAUAUGGGUUUCUAUGGUGUCAUUCAAGAAAUUUGGGACCUUGACUACCAAAAGUUUACAAUCCCAGUCUUUAGGUGUGAUUGGAUUGAUAAUACUUCUGGUCUUGUAGUGGACGAACUUGGAUUUACCCUUGUAGAUUUGAGUAAAAUUGGACAUAGGAAUGACCAAUUUGUUUUGGCUUCUCAAGUCAAACAAGUAUUUUUUGUUGACGACCCGAUGCAUCGUGGUUGGUCGGUAGUGUUAUCAAUGCCUAAUAGAGAAUAUAAUGAUGUUAUUGGUGAUGAUGUCUUAGGUGAUGUGAGAAUUGAGUGUGAGCCAUUUACUAGGGGGAUGCCAAAUGUUGACACAUUUGAUGAAGUGGUGGUUGAGUUAGGGAGUCAAAAUAUUCGAGAUGGGUGUGAAGAUAUAUGGGUUGAAUGA